AUGUCUCUCUCGCAACUCCAUUUGCCCUCCUUCAGUCUAUUGGACACGAUGGACAUGCGAACGCUGACAGGUUUUAUUGUCUAUAGUUGCGAAUACGCACGUGACCAAGAUACCGCGACCCUCUUUGAAGGUGAUAUCCAGAUGGUGGAUCCGAAAGGUUCCUUUUGGAGUCAAUUAAAGAUGUUCUGCAAGGGUUUGGGACGCAAGUAG